GUGGCCCUGGAGCGCUAUUUUAGCUAGCGCUACUUUCAGCUCUUAAAUAUUGUGAUUUUUAAAGCAUUAAUUCGACUUUAACGCGUAUGUGGAGCAUAUUUGACAGCGUUGGGUGUCGGAGAGGCGGUUUCUGGGUGACGAGGGUCGCGGAAAGGUGGAAAAUAUGGCUCGACGGGCGAGCGGGCUGCAGUAGAAGUUAGCGACUGUGCUAAGCUAACGUGCUAACUGGCUCGUCGAUCAUCCGCGAAAGUGAACGUUACGGAUUAUUUUAGGGCUUCUAGCGACUUUCUCGCCCCUCUGCGGCGACGCGUGUGCCGGGAGGCUGCUUAAAUGUGCCGGUCAACGCUCGGGGCUGGUGUCAGCUGUGUUUGUGUGCUGCGAUGAGUGGGUGUCUGUUGUGCCCGAGGCCCGUUUCUAUGGAAACGGCUGUACGAGUCAAUAAGUGAAGGGCGUUAGGAGGACAGCAGCAGCAGCUGGACUGGUGUCCGUCUGGUCCAGGGUUCUGGCUGGGACUGCUUCACUUUUAAUGUAACGACUGCUUCACUUUUAAUACGUUGUCAUUUUUCCUCCGUGGGACGUGUUGAAGGACCAGCCAUGGUGCUUAAAAUCUUCUUCCCCAAGUGCUGCAACACUGCCGACAGCGGCCUGCUGGUGGGUCGCUGGGUUCCGGGCCAAGACUCAGCUGUGGUGCUCGCUGUUAUCCACUACCCCUUCAUACCAGGCCAGGUGAAGAAGUAUCUGAGCCAAAUUCGGGACCAGACCCAGGUGGACCUGACCGUUCUGGGCUCGUGGAGUAAGCCCAAAGACGGGCAGGAGGGAAUGGACAGCUUCUUGAAAGACCUUAGCACCAUUUUCCCUCACUCACGUUGGCUUCAGCUGAGUCGCGAGAGCGGCAAGAGAGCCUUCACGUGCCGGGUGGUGCAAAACAACGGGACGCCUCCGGCUGACCAGGAGGGCGAUGAAAAAGUAAUCUUCAUUCAUUACGACCAGAGGAAGGUCAUGCUGUCCCAGCUCCACCCGAUCCAGGAGAAAAGCUCUGAGAAAGGGUCUUCAGAGCUGCGCGUGGUGUUUCAGACGGUCGCUCAGAGCCAGCCCCUGUUCUUUCUCGACCGGUACGACGAGGGGCCUCUGAAGCUCACGCACUGGCAGUCCGAAGGCAGGGAGGCGAGCAUCAUCGUCGAGCUGCUCAAGCAAGCGUCCGUCCCGCUUUGCGUGGUUCUCACCUGGCUGGUGUCUGUGUGGCAGUGGCUGUGUAGCUUCAGAUGUCUCCAUACGUGGCCAGUGCAGUUCAUCUCAAGCAAGCUGUCUACCUGUGUUCAGUCGGGAUACCGGACGGACCACUUUCAAACUGUUUUCUCCACCAAGAGAGCCACAACGCACAUAGAAUUUAUGAGGAAGGCAAAUAUUUUUGUGUCCUUCCUUUUGGACGUAGCUCUUGGAUUGCUGCUGAUCUCCUGGCUCUACAGAGAGAAUCGUAUCAGCCAGCUCGCCAAUACUUUAGUGCCAGUUGCUGACCAUGUGGCUAAGGAGCUACAGGAGCUGCUGGAGUGGCUCAUGGGCGCCCCUGCUGGACUGAAGAUGAACCGUGCGCUGGACGAGGUGCUGGGGAGAUUCUUCCUUUACCACAUCCAUCUGUGGAUCAGCUACAUCCGUCUGAUGUCUCCCUUCAUCGAGAUGAUCCUGUGGUAUGUCGGACUCUCCGCUUGCCUGGGUUUGACCUUUGCCCUUUCGGUGCUCUCGGACAUAGUGGCCCUUCUGACCUUCCACAUCUACUGCUUUUAUGUGUACGGAGCCAGGCUUUACUGUCUGAAAAUCUACGGCCUGUCCUCCCUCUGGCGUCUUUUCCGGGGUAAGAAGUGGAACGUGCUGAGGCAGCGUGUGGACUCCUGCUCUUACGACCUGGACCAGCUCUUUAUUGGCACUUUGCUCUUCACAAUCCUGCUGUUUUUGCUGCCCACCACUGCCCUGUAUUACCUGGUCUUUACACUGCUGCGCCUGGUGGUGGUGAUGUUCCAGGGGCUGAUUCAUCUCAGCGUGGACUUCAUUAACUCCUUUCCCCUGUUCGCUAUGGGACUCCGUGUGUGCAGGCCCUACAGACUGGCAGAGGGAGUUAAAUUCCGAGUACUGAGCGAAGAGCCUGGCGCUCCUCUGCACCUGAUGAUGGAGAUAAACCCUCUGAAAUUCAGCUCUGUGCUCCAGGGCUACCGGACACCCACCUACAGCUGCUACCCCAGGGACUCGUGGGCCGCCCUGUGCAAAAAGCUUUUCGUAGGCGAGCUCAUUUACCCCUGGAGGCAGAAGAGCACCAAGACAGACUGAAGCAGCAAAAGGCACAGCUGACCCCUCCCAUCCCCCGGGCGGACAGCAUUCACUGCCUGGUGAUGUAGUGACAGAGGAUUAAAGGGAAAUCACACGUAUUUUUUAGAAGUUCUGCACAAUUCAGUGGUCAGAUUCAUUCAGAGGGUUUGGUGUGAAGUGGUCCAGACGUCUUUACAGUGGUGGUGAUGGGAACCAGGCGUCGCCAUGACUACAACACAGAUAUAGACACUUUAUUUACCAUCCAGAAUCACCAGAGAA